AUGAGGUCUUCAAUGGCCUCUCUUACUGCUACUCUUCUACUGGUAGCAAUCUCUCUCAGCUUGCCAUCACAAACCACAGCAAACUACGAAUACUCCUCUCCUCCACCUCCUAAGAAAUCGCCUCCAUCACCACCUCCUCCUUACCAUUACAAGUCCCCACCACCACCUCCUCCAGUGCAUUCUCCUCCACCACCACCACACCCUUACAAGUACAAGUCCCCCCCACCUCCUCCACCGGUGCAUAAGUCUCCACCACCACCCAAAAAGCCCUACAAGUACAAGUCACCACCGCCUCCUCCGGUUCAUUCUCCACCACCACCAUCACAUCCUUACAAGUACAAGUCUCCACCACCUCCUCCACCAGUUUACAAAUACAAGUCUCCUCCUCCACCUCCGCCAGUUUACAAGUCACCUCCCCCACCACCCAAGAAGCCGUACAAGUAUAAGUCUCCCCCACCACCUCCAAUUUACAAGUCUCCUCCUCCUCCACCACCAGUUUACAAGUCACCACCUCCUCCUCCCGAGAAGCCAUACAAGUACAAGUCUCCCCCACCACCUCCUCCAGUUUACAAGUCUCCUCCACCACCUCCUCCCAAGAAGCCUUACAAAUACAAGUCUCCCCCACCACCCCCUACUCCAGUUUAUAAAUACAAGUCUCCUCCCCCACCACCACCAGUACACAAGUCUCCUCCACCACCUCCUCCCAAGAAGCCAUACAAAUACAAGUCUCCUCCCCCACCUCCUACUCCAGUUUAUAAAUAUAAGUCUCCUCCCCCACCACCACCAGUACACAAGUCACCACCACCACCCCAUUACAUUUACGCAUCACCCCCUCCACCUCACCAUUACUAGAAUACGGCUAUCAUAUAUAGUUUCAAGGUAAUUAAAGGGAAGAGUGUCAUGCAUGUAAUAAGGAAAAGGAUGGGUGCAGGAGCUUCUGCAAGGAAGGAAACUAAGGAAUCAAGCUACUGCAUGCAUUAGUGGAGCUCUGUGUUUUAUUUAUAUGAUGAAUAAAGAGAGACAUGUAGAAGAAAAGAUCAGCUUCCUCGUUUAGUGUAUUAUUAGAAAGCUGUAGUCACCGGUUAAUCUGCUCUGUUGAAAAGUAGCUUAUGCGUAUGUAGUUUUCAACCUGUUGUGCUAUGCAUGCAUGGCUGUUAAUUUCAUAUGGAGUAAUAAAAUAAUAUCUUCUUUCACCAAAACAAAAGGUUUAUGCA